AUGUCUCACAGCUGCCGACGGCCACCCAGCGAAGAUCAACUCCCUUCCACUGGAGAAGAGAAUAAAUCGUGGGAUCUGAGCCCUGAAAGAAGCAAGACCGUGACGCAGGUGGUCAGCCAUGAUAUCGCUACCCAGGCCCUUGGAAACAUCGACGAGCUGUCUUUUCCCGAGGGCGGCAAGCAUGCUUGGCUGGCGGUCGUCGGGGCCUUCUUUGCCUGCUUUGCUGCCUUCGAGAUGACCAACGCCAUCGGGGCUUUUCAAAACUGGGUCAUGACGCACCAGCUCCGAGAUGAAAGUGCGUCGGCCAUCGGCUGGCUGUUUGGAGUGAACUCGUUCGUUCUCAUCUUCUGUGGCCUUUUUGUCGGUCCCCCCAGCGACAUUUUUGGGACGCAAAUUCCCCUGCGCGCAGGAGCCGUUCUGUGCGUGGUUUUCUACGUCGUCCUGGGGUAUUGCCAUGAGUACUGGCAUUUCAUGCUAGCGGUGGGUGUCCUCGCUGGAUUGGCCUCCUCCCUUCUAUUUGUCCCGUCAAUCGUGACGGUAGGACAGUACUUUGCACGUCGGCGAGGGGUAGCGACGGGCCUUGCGCUGUCAGGAGGGAGCAUCGGCGGCAUUGUUGUACCCAUCAUGCUUGAAAUUUUGCUGCCCAGGAUUGGCUGGGUCUGGACCACUCGACUGUUCGCCUUGCUCACCUUGGUUCUGGGUGCUCUUGCUUGUCUGCUUGUGCGGCCUCGCCUGGCACCGACGCAGACGCUCAAAGGCUUCACCAGCAUGCUCCCUGAUUUUUCCACAUAUCGCGAAGGGACCUUUUUCGCCACCAGUUUCGGAAUCUUCUUCCUUGAUACUGCCCUGUUCAUCCCGCUGGCAUACCUUCCCACGUACACCACGGCUCAGGGCUUCUCGACAAGCACAGCGUAUUCUACGCUAGCGUAUCUCAACGUUGGCUCAUGCCUGGGCCGUUGGAUCCCUGCGGCAGUUUCUGAUCGCAUCGGGCGCUUCAACACCAUGAUGAUAACCGUCAGCCUCUGCGCGAUUUGUACGCUUACGACAUGGCUCUCUGUAGGCUCCUCCAUUCCUGGCAUCAUUAUCUACGCAGUUUUCUUUGGCUUUGCCAGCGGCAGCAACUUGAGCUUGGCACCGGUUUGUGUUGGUCAGCUGUGUGACAUCAAAAGCUACGCAAGAUACUAUACAACAGCAGUCUUUCUGGCAAGUUUCGGGGCGUUGUCUGGGAAUCCGGUCUCUGGUGCAUUGCUACAAGUAAAUGGUGGCCGGUAUUGGGGGUUGAUAGUGUACACCGGACUGUGCUACGUGGCAGCUUUAGUGUGCUUUGGAGUUGCAAGGACUCGUGCAGUUGGAUUCGGCCUGAGCAAGAUAUUCUGA